AUGAUGAAGACCUCCUUCCUCCUCGCCGUCUUCCUGACAUACCUCCACAGCGCGCUCGCCCUGCCACAGCAGGCGGCGGCCUAUCCUCUCACUUAUUACAACGACGAAAAUCCCACUACUGAGGAAGUCCACCAUGAUCCUCUGCAUCCGGGUGUCCCCAUCGCACCGGGAAGCGGCGGCGUUCGCUUCUCGCCUUAUCAAGAUCGAGAUCAAGACCAAGGCCUUCAACCGGUCCACGUCCCCAUCAGCCCCGCCAGCGGCGGCGUUCGACCUCCCCCGGACUCAAACCAAAACCUUCAACUGGUGCACAUCCCCAUCAACCCAGCCAGCGGCGGCGUCCGACUUUCCCCGAACCAAGAAGGAGCGGAAUAA